CAGCUGCUGUCAAAACCGCGAGUUUCCAAACAAAUGCAAAUUUUUUGAGGAUUUUAAGUGAAUAGAAAACACUUCAUGGCAAUGGCGCCAGCCGCUCAAAAAAAAUUGAUUGACAGCACGUCAACGCCAAAGCGAAAGACGCGCGCUAAAACAAAGGCAGAUCAAAUAAAGGAAUUAUUAAUAAACAAUAACAAUGAAAAUGCUGCCAAUGAAAAGUCGACAUCAGAUAUGCUAAUGGACUCACAGAAGAAAGCUUCAGAGAAUGGCCAUGAUCAGAACACAGCUAAAGCAGCUUGUAAGUUAAGGACACGCAAGAAGCAGGCGGCAAAAUCUGAUGAGGAUUCAGAAUCGGAUAUUCCAAAGAAACUAUUGAAGAAAUCUUCCAAGUAUGUCGAUGAUGAAGCUUCCAAGCAGAAUACAAGAACUCGCGGAACCAGGACACGCAAGAAGCAGGCGCCCAAAUCUGAAGAUUCCGAUUCGGAUAUUCCAAAGAAAUCUAAUGAGAGUUUCGAAGAUGAAGCUUCCAAGGUGAACACAAUGACCAGGACAAGAAAGAAGCAGGCGUCCAAAUCUGAAGAUUUCAAUUCGGAUAUUCCCAAGAAAAUUUCAAGAAAAUCUUUAGAUGAAGCUGCCAAAAAGAACCCAAGAACUCCUAAGCUAACGAUAAAAGUCAUAAAAAAGAAGGCGGUGCCUAUAAAUGAUCUGAAUAAUUCAAAUGGAAUUGAAACAAAGGAAGCGUCGAAAAAAUACGAAACAAUUGAAUGUAACAAUAACAAUAAUAAUUAUAUUCACGUAGAACAGAAAGUAGACGAAUUUAAGAAAGGAGAACUUUUGGAGGCACUGUGUUUUGCACUUGCCGAACCGCCGGAGAUGGAACCCGAAACUGGAUAUACUCACGACGAUCUGAAGCAGUUCCUGCUGAACUCGACCAUUAAGGAUAUGUUUCCAUUUGCCUUUGACAUAAAGAGCACCACGGAGAUCUUUCAGCGUCUUAAUAGCGCUAUAUACAAACUGGAGGAAGUGCAGCUGGAUCAACUGCUCGAUCUUUAUCAUCUGGCCAUAAUGAUGCAGACCUAUGAACAUCUGGAUACACACAUGAACUAUCGUCACGAAUUAUUGGAUGCUGUGGGCGAACUAUCAGUUGAACUGAAGCCAAUAGAUAUCGAAUAUAUAGGAAGCAGUUUAUGUGAUCGAUUUGUGAUUGGCAGCGGAAUGACACGCAUGCAGAAAGUCGUCGAUAUGCACAAUUCCAUUGUUAUAAUGAUCGGCAAUAGCGAUGUUAAUUACCAAAUAGCGAUGACAACUCUUUUGGCCACAUUCGCAAAGGUUUCUGGUGUUAAUUUCCCCAAAAAUGAAACAGAUAUUAUUAAGAAAGCUUUUGAAAUGGCUAAGCUCGUUGAGUGGAUGCAACUUGUGGAGUCGGGUCGUGAGGCGGACAUGUUUGUGCUUGUUCGCUGCUUUUCGCUGAUUAUUAACACGAAACAAAAUCGAGAUGCACAUUUAAAUUGGCAUCAGGAAUUGGGCAGCGAAAUUCACACAUAUUUCAUGAAGAUUCUACGCACCGUGCGAUUUUCCACAAAUUACAAUUUCUUUGCCAUGAUGAUUGAACGUUUUAUUGCCUUUUGUGUUGUUCGUGGCGCCACAGCGCGCGCCUUCACCACGGAUGUGAUAUAAAAUCUGAAAUUUCCAAAUACUUAAUUAAUAAUUUUUUUUUUGAUUACAAACUGCGCUUAUAAAUCGAAAAGACACAACAAAGUCGCUUUAUAAACUGAA